AAACCCAGGCAGCUCAGACCUGGGCGACAGAAGAGAGAGACGAUGGAGGUUCCCUGGCCCUUCCUGUCGCGGCCCAGCACCACAAUGUGGUCGCUCCAAGCGAUCGUAGCCACGGAUCUCCAAGUGAUCCCAGCCAAGGAUCUGGACAGGUUCAUCGAACACCACCUCCUGCCAGACACUGCUUUUCGAAUGCAGGUCAAGCAAGCCAUUGACAUCAUCUGCAGUUUCCUGAAGGAGAGGUGUUUCCUCCGAGAUAGAGUCCGGGUGUCGAAGGUUGUAAAGGGCGGCUCCUCGGGCAAAGGCACCGCUCUCAAAGACCGGUCUGACGCCGACCUCGUCGUCUUCCUCAGCCCCCUCAGAAGUUUUCAGGAGCAGUUUGAGCGCCGGGGAGAGUUCAUCCAGGAAAUCAGAACACAGCUGGAAGCAUGUCAGCAAGAGAGAAGGUUUACCGUGAAAUUCGAGGUCCAACCUAAAUUUUGGAACCCCCGCGCACUGAGCUUCACGCUCAAGAGCCAGUCUUCCCAGGCGGAGGUGGAGUUUGAUGUGCUGCCCGCCUAUGAUGUCCUGGGUCAUGUGACGGAGUCCUACAGACCUGACCCCGACGUCUAUGUCAGGCUCAUCCGCGAGUGCGAGAAACUGGGGAAGGAGGGCGAGUUCUCCCCCUGCUUCACGGAGCUGCAGCGGGCCUUCCUGAAGCAGCGCCCGGCCAAGCUCAAGAGCCUCAUCCGCCUGGUCAAGCACUGGUACCAAAAGUGUAAGGAGAAGCCUGGACAGUCCCUGCCGCCUCAGUACGCCCUGGAGCUCCUGACGGUCUACGCUUGGGAGCGUGCAGGCCGGGAAACGGACUUCAUCACAGCGCAGGGAUUUCGGACGGUCUUGGAGCUAGUCAUGAACUACCGGCAGCUUUGCAUCCACUGGACACAGUAUUACGACUGUUCACAUCCUGAGAUUGGUCCAUACGUGCGGAGGCAGCUCCAGAAACCCAGGCCUGUGAUUCUGGACCCAGCGGACCCUACAGGAAACGUCGCUGGUGGAAAGCCAGAACGCUGGGAGCCGCUGGCGGGAGAGGCUAGGGUCUGGAUGACGUACCCAUGCUUUCGCAAAGGAGAUGGGUCCCCAGUGGGCUCCUGGGACAUAAAGGCCUAAGGAGGCAGCAAAGAUGCCUGGGUAACAUCUGCUCUCAAGACAAUCAGCUCCCCGAUUGUGCACAGCGCCCUGGGUCCUUUCACGCCAGCAUUCACCAGGCAGAGUGCCCCUCCCCGGGUGGAAGAGAACAGAGCACACACUCACCUUUCAGAUGCAAACCAGCCAAUCAGAGCCCAGACUCCCACUCACCCAGGGCAGGUCCCAGACGACUGGGCACGGCCCCACACUCCAGAGCCCGCUGGAAUUCUUCGCACUGGCCCAUCCUAGGCCUGCUUACCCCGCUUGCCUUUCCCGUGGGAACUAUGAUAAAGGUUCUUUUUUUGGUUAAUCCUCACCCACAGAUAUUUUUCCAUUGAUUUUUAGAGACCAUGGAAGGGAGGGGAGAGACAGCGAGAAAUAUCCAUGUGAGAGAGACACAUUGACUGGUUGCCUCCCAGAUGCGCCCCGACCAGGGCCAGGCUGGAGCCUGCAACUGAAGUACGUGCCCUUGACCGGAAUUGAACCCGGGACCUUUCAGUCUGAGGGCUGAGGCUCUAUCUACUGAGCCACACCAGCCGGGGCUAUGGUAAAGGUUCUCGCCCAUGUUCCCCCUCACUCCCUGUGGCUCAACCCCAGUGCUUCCCCGUGUGGCCCUGUGUGGGACCCUAACCCCUGUUUCUAGGGAUCUGUGAGUAUAAACGUCUUCCUUCGUGACAAUAUUUAGUCAUUGUCUUUAACAUUCACAAAAUAAAUCAUUUGAAAUAAAACAACAACACUCCCACAAUCUCCCCCUCCCACCUGGUAAAAUCUGGGGCCUGUCUCCUCAGCCCUUCCUCUGACUCUGCCUGUCUCCCUCGGUAUGUAGUGUCUUUUUAACGGGGUCCUACUCCCUCCCCAGCUUUGUCAUCGGCUCUGACAGGUUUAGCAUAGUUGUCCAGGCUGAGACGAAAAUUUUGGCAUCACUUGUAACGGCACCAUUCCUCCAUGUGGGUGAGCCGCCUGUGUUGUCUUAUGAGAGUUUUUUUUA